AUGGUUUUAUUUGAAUCCAUAAAUAGAUUAGCAAACCCAAAUACUGGAGUUGGCCUUACAGGUAGCCGACGUAGACGGAUUUUUGUUCCCCCUUCAACUCAAAGACCUCUUUUCAUAUAUGGGGAAGGUGACGAUCAGCGAUCGUUUUUGUCAUUAAUAGAGACGGGUUCGGAAUUUGGUUCUGAUCAGGAUGUUAGUGAUGCUGCCAGUGUAAGUACUUCGAGAUCAUUACCGGAGUCACUAGGGAGUGUACAGACAACAGGUGACCAAGAGCUGUUUCAAUCCUGGCUUGUGGAGGAGCAUCAUCGAAGAUUGUCAGCUGCAGCAUCUCCAGAAGAGGACAGUGAUAAUGGCUCGGAUCUUUUCCAAGAUCGUAGACAUGGUGGUGGUGGUGGUGGUGCUGGUGGUGCUGGUGGUGGAAGAAGAGGAAGAAGAACAAGAAGGCGAUCAAGCUCGAUGUCUUCGAAAACCUCUUCGCAUUUGGAUUUUAUGAAGUUAAAGACGAAUCCCUCGCAUGAAGCAAAAGUGCUAUUACGACACGCUUCGCCAUUGAUCAUCACGUUUAUUCUAGAGCAUUUCUUUUCAAUAGUGUGCUUAAUUGUUGUUGGCAAAUUAGGCACUAAUGAGCUUGCCGCGGUGAGCUUGGCCACAAUGACAACUACAAUUACAUUUGCCAUUUUUGAAGGAACUGCUACUGCUUUGGACACAUUGUGUCCGCAAGCUUAUGGUGCAGGGAAUUAUGAGCUCAUGAGUAUAUUUGUACAGAGAAGCUAUUUGAUUUCAUUAACGCUUUAUAUACCAUGUGGUUUAUUCUGGUGGUUUAGUGCAAGUGUUUUGAAAUAUAUUAUUGAUAACCCCGAAGUGGUGGAAUUGACUUCAAAAUUCUUGAGAAUACUUAUACUUGGAGCACCUGGCUAUAUUUUUUUUGAGAAUGGAAAGAGGUUUUUACAAGCGCAGGGAAUAUUUGAGGCUAGCACAGGGAUCAUGUUUAUUAGCGCACCGGUGAAUAUCUUGAUGUCAUGGUUCCUUGUUUGGAACGAUACGUAUGGGUUGGGCUAUAUCGGUGCGCCAAUCUCAUCAGUUUUCAAUUUCUGGCUAAUGUCAUUGCUACUUGUUCUAUAUGUGAAGUUUAUUGAUGGUAAGAAAUGUUGGUUCGGAAUUGCUUCACCACGAGAGUUGAUAUCGCACUGGAGCCAAGUGAUCCACUUGGCGUUACCUGGAAUAAUCAUGAUUGAGUCUGAAUACUUGGCUUACGAAAUUAUGACUUUGUUUGCUUCGUAUUUCGGUACUAAACCUUUGGCUGCGCAAAGUGCUGUAUCAAGUAUUGCGUCUUUAGCAUAUAUGAUUCCAUUUGCUGUUAGUAUUGCUACUUCAACCCGUGUUGCAAAUUUUAUUGGUGGGCAAAACUUGGCUGGUGCGCUCACGGCCACACGGAUUGGAUGGCUAGGUGGUGUUGCGGCUGCCAGUGUAAAUGGAUUGAUCCUAUUCACCUUUAGGUAUCAGUUGGCUAAGGUGUUUACUGAUGAUCCUGACGUCAUUGAGCUAAUUGAAAAGCUUUUACAUCCUUUAGUGGCGAUUUUGCAAAUUUUUGAUGGUACCGCGUGUGUGUCCAGUGGGAUUUUGAGAGCUCAAGGAGCUCAAAAAUUGGGAGGUUUGAUAAAUUUUGUCGCUUACUACGCAUUUGCAUUGCCCUUGGCUUUGAUCUUGAGCAAAAUUGUUGGGUGGGGGUUAUAUGGUUUAUGGAUAGGAAUCGGCAGCGGGAUGUUUGUUAUUGCUCUAACUGAGACGCUGGUGAUUGCAUUCAGCGAUUGGGAACAAAUAUUACUAAGAGCCGGUUUAUUAGAUGAAGACGACGACGAUGAUGACGAUGACUACUAUGACGACGACGAAGCAAAUGAUAGAUUUUUUUGA